AACCGCGGGGCUGUGAGGCGGCAGAGCGCGAGCCGGCAGGGCGGGCGGAGCAACAGAACCGGGUCGCGGACGAACCGAGCUGCCGCCAUGGAGCUGAGGGUUGGGAACCGGUACCGGCUGGGCCGGAAGAUCGGGAGCGGCUCCUUCGGGGACAUCUACUUGGGAACUGAUAUUGCUGCCGGAGAGGAGGUUGCAAUUAAGUUGGAAUGUGUGAAAACCAAACAUCCUCAGCUCCACAUCGAGAGUAAAAUCUACAAAAUGAUGCAGGGUGGAGUGGGUAUUCCCACAAUUAAGUGGUGUGGAGCUGAAGGGGACUACAACGUAAUGGUGAUGGAGCUGUUGGGACCGAGUCUUGAAGAUCUCUUCAAUUUUUGUUCAAGGAAAUUUAGUCUCAAGACAGUCCUAUUACUCGCUGACCAAAUGAUUAGUCGAAUUGAAUAUAUUCACUCUAAGAACUUCAUCCACCGAGAUGUGAAGCCAGAUAACUUCUUAAUGGGCCUGGGGAAGAAAGGCAAUCUUGUGUACAUAAUAGACUUUGGAUUAGCAAAGAAGUAUCGAGAUGCUCGAACUCACCAACAUAUUCCAUAUCGUGAAAAUAAAAACUUAACAGGAACUGCCCGUUAUGCAUCCAUCAACACUCAUCUUGGAAUUGAGCAAUCUCGCAGAGAUGACUUGGAGUCCUUGGGCUAUGUACUGAUGUAUUUUAACCUGGGCUCCCUCCCCUGGCAGGGACUGAAAGCAGCAACAAAGAGGCAGAAAUAUGAACGUAUCAGUGAAAAGAAAAUGUCUACACCCAUUGAGGUUUUGUGUAAAGGAUAUCCUUCUGAAUUUGCCACAUACUUGAAUUUCUGCCGUUCUUUGCGUUUUGAUGACAAACCGGACUAUUCCUACCUAAGGCAGUUAUUCAGAAACCUCUUCCAUCGACAAGGGUUCUCGUAUGACUAUGUAUUUGACUGGAACAUGCUGAAAUUUGGUGCAAGCAGAGCAGCUGAAGAUGCUGAACGUGAAAGGCGAGAACGAGAGGAAAGAUUGAGACAUACACGAAAUCCAGCUGUGCGUGGAUUACCCUCCACUGCUUCUGGCAGGCUCAGAGGAACGCAAGAUGUAGCUCCUCCUACUCCUCUUACCCCAACUUCACAUGCUGCCAACACCUCUCCUCGGCCAGUAUCUGGUAUGGAAAGAGAAAGGAAAGUGAGUAUGAGGUUGCAUCGUGGUGCCCCAGUCAAUAUCUCGUCAUCUGACCUAACAGGCCGACAAGAUACCUCUCGCAUGUCAACUUCGCAGAUUCCUGCUCGGGUAACUACCAGUGUUCUCCAGUCUGCUGUGCACCGAUGAAAAUUGUUUUGCCAUGGAGGGCAGAUAAUGCAUGGCUGAUCUCCUAUGUUACCAAUGGCUUUACUAGCAAAAAUACCCUAAACUAGAGCGGAAACAUUACAAUUGGAGUUCUCCAUGUGACUUAAAAGACACUUGGAGGAACAUGGACAGACUCCAGCAGCUGCCAUUACAGGACGCUUUUGCCAGAAACCCAAUGACCUUAAGAGAACCCUGUGGUAACAGGGCUGGAAAAGAAAGAUGGUUUACAGAGUUGACCGCCUGUUAUCGGAUGGCCAUUUCAGUUUUCCCUCCACAGGCGGCAGACUUUACCCCCUUUUUAUUAUUCUACUGUAACUAUAAAUCUUUUACUUGGUUUAAGACAGUUUUUUGUAUCAUUUUGCUAAAAUUAUUGGCUUAAUUCUCUGUAAAGAACUCUUUGCUUUUGUCUGAUUUAAAAAUGUAGAAUAUAAACAAACCUAAACUAAAGACAAUGACUUGAAAUUUCUUGUUUCAAAAAAUUAGUCUGGCAGGGAACAUGUAAAUUAAUCAAAACCAUCUGAAUUUAUUUAAAGUGUUUACUUAUUUGUAUGGUCCCAUUCUGACUGAGACGGUUUUCUCAUGAGAUUUUUAAAACUGUUAGAAUUUUACUUUGCUGUUUGCUGUCUUCAUUCACUUAACAUUUAACUUUCCGUGUAACACAAAGGAAUUUUAAAUACUUGUUCUUUUUCGUAAAAGAGGAGAAGUAAAUACUCUGCAAGAGAGUCUAAGUAUAGUAGAGAUGGUGAUAACAGAUUUCUUUUUUUGUAAAGAAUAUGAAGGACAAAGUGAAAGACUCUGGCAUUUGAGGGAUUUAGAAUUUGAAAGCUUGUGCUAUAUAUCUGCUUAGUUUGGGUAAAUGGAUUGUUUUUAGUGGUAAAAUUUUGUUUUCUGCACUCUGAGGCUGGUUAGCUUGGAGGGUAUUGCAAGUGGAAAAUACAUGUUGCUACUGAGUCUUCAGUGAAUUUGCACGUUUCAUUCAGUAUCUACCUGUUUUAAAAUAAAUAAAUAAAUUUAUUCAGGCCUUCUGUUUCAUGCCAAGACUCAAAAAAGGAAUUAUUUUAAAACAAAACAGAACAACCUGUUCUUGCUGUGCAAUCCUGAGAAUUUUUACAGUUCAGAUGCCAAGACUCAAAAAGGAAUUCAGGCCAAGACUCAAAAAAGGAAUUCUUUUUAAAAAAAACCCCAAACCAAACCUAUUCUUCCUGUGAAAUUCUGAGAAUUUUUACAAUUCAGGUGCGUACCAUAUUUAAUUCUUAACUGUAUUCAACCUGAGUAUACCCAGAAUCAUUAGCUAGGAAUGAAUGACUCGACAUGCUUAGGUUUUCCAAAAAACUGUUGCAGGUGUUGUUAGCACCUGUUGGUUAUGGAGUGUGGGAGAUUCUUCAUAUCGUUUGUUACUGUAAAUGGUCUCAUAAAAUAAAAGUAGGUAUUCUGUCCUCACUGUACUUGGAACAGUUAUCAGAAGUACUGUUUAUACUAGUAUCUCUGAAGUAAUGGGAAGUUCCACGUUGGAAAUGAAAGUAUAUACAGAGAUUUUGUUUGAACAGUUAGGUAUUGUGAGAAAUUCUCCCCUGCUUGAAAACAAAUUUUUUUAAAGGCUGAUUGGUCUUUACAUUUUUAUGAAGAGUAAUUUUUAUUGUUUCGGUGUUUACAAAUUCUUUUUUGUCCCUCUCAAAAGUCCACGGAUUAAGUAUAGUCACUCUUCUUUGGAUGUUUUCCGAACAUCAGCUACUUUGUUGUGCGUACUCUGGGUCUGACUGGGGAAACCUGUGUUUGGGGACAUUAUAGUGGAAAAGCUUAAGAGUUUGAUCCAUGGAUAAGUUUGCAUAUGUGAAUUAUUUCCUCAGUUACUAAAAACUUCAGUAUUUCAGGCAUGUGCACUACCAUUUGAACAGUUUUACACUUCACUGUGCUUUCGUUGUAAAUAGCUGUGGUUAAUAAUGUACUGUUAGAGGGACUUACAAAGGCAGCCUCUUUAUUCUCUCUGUAUCUGGAACAUUAGAUUGCUGUACUAUACUUAAAAGUUGACUGCAAACUUCUAGAAUUGUACUCACUUGUGGGCAAUUUUUGUCCUUCGUAAUAGUUAAAUUCCAUCAUGCGGAAAAUAGUUAGACUGUCUAUAUAAACCUGUGUAUUGGAAACCAGUAUCUCAGAGCACUUCAUUUGUACUACCACUGUAUUUGUGUACUUUAACAAUUGUGUAAAUACAUUCAUAAUAACUUCUAUUCUUCUUUGGUGUAACUUACUUACAAUGAAUCCUUAC